AUCUAUGAAGCCAAUAAACAAUCCAAAAUCAAAUGGAAAAUUCAGUAGGAUUAAUAGUUGGUUGCUAUAAUUUAUGAUUAUUGUGUAGGCGAAAGAGGCAGGCAUAUAUAUAAAUCCGAUUCCGCGGGGAAGCAGGCAUCUAGUUGGUCUUGAAAGACAUCCUCCUCCUCCAUUUCCAUGCCGGCCUUAUUAUUUUCCUCACAAAAUCCAUGGCCAAGGUUUCUGAGAAAACAAGCCCUCCUUUAAAACCCAAAACCACUACCCUUCUGGGUUGUUUCAGAUUCUCUAAGAACAAAUCCUUCCGAUCCGAUGACAACAGCAACAAGAUCAGUAAGAACAGUAGUCGCAACUGGUUAUGUUGGAAGAAGGCGGCCGCCACCAAAACGGUACCCCUCGACGUCUCUGAGAAACAAGAAGGAUUACCAAAUAACGAAACCCCGUACAGGUCGUCGACCAAGUUAGUCAAGCAGGAGCCAAAGUCAAAGCACGUCAAGUUUGUACCCGAAAUUGAAGUUCCGGCAGUAACCGACGUCGUGGAGGACCCAGGUGUCCCAAUUCAGCGUCUGAUAGUCUCUGACAAAACCCCUAACUCUAAACAAAAACCUCCAGAGACAGCCUCCGACAUGAUCAACCUCGAAAACAGGACACAGCUGGGUUCCGAUGCUUCAAAGGACUACGCGUCUCAAAAGCGGCGGCUGUCUUUUCGCCGGAAAGUUGAUUCCAUAAGAACAGCCGCAGCCGGCGGAGGCAGCCAACCCGGUUCACCGGUACUUCAGCAGGAGAAUAAAACAGUCACCGUGGUCUCUCCAUUGGCAACACCGCUGCCGGUCACUCCGAAACGUACAAGACGAGGUGGAGGAGGAGGAGGAGGUUCUCCGGCUUUUGCGUCGUCGGCACGUAAACCGUGGUUGGUGUCAAAUGAGAAGACUAUGACGACCAAGAAAUUGGACCCGCUGGUGGGUAUGACUAUUAUAAUGGUGACUUUGGUUAUAAUGGUAUUAUGGGGCCGAUUAUGCGCCAUUCUAUGCACCGCAGCAUGGUUUUAUCUGCUCCCUCGCUUAACUCAGAAUGGUAAUUAUUUAACGACAACAGCGUCCUCCACCGCCGGCAAUACAUUUCCUCAUCCUCGUGAUGAUCAUUUGGAUUUCAGUUCCGACGAGUACAAGAAGAAGGUGGUCUUGGAGGGCUUCCUCGAAAGGAAUAACCACCGCAGUCAUGUACUAUGAUAUACCGUGAAUCCUUCUUUUUGUUAUUUUUGGUGCAUCCUUGGUUGGAUUUGCUUAUGUAAGAACAUGUAUUAUGCCUUGUUACGUACUGGGAUAUUUUGUGGUUUAAGCAGUGGGCAGUUAAGCUUUGUAUUAGGUAAUAUGCAUUAAGUAGCUGCUGGCAUGGGUGAUCGAUGCAUCGACU